AUGGAAUAGCAGAAGAGAAGAAUCCAUACGAUAUUAAUACGACUAAAAAUUUCAGUGCGAAAGCCGGCUUUUUACAGAGUGCUAAGCGAAGUGUCAGUUGCCAGUGAAGUGCAGUGAACGAAUUUGAAUCGAUAUGGCCGAAGCAAACAAGAGAAACAUCCCUAUCAAACUGGGAGACUUCAGUGUUAUUGAUACGGAAUUCAGCAGCAUCAGGGAAAGGUUUGACGCUGAAAUGAGUAAAAUGGAAGAAGAAAUGAGCAAAUUCCGUUCGGAAUUGAUGAACAGGGAGUCCAACAACUUCUUCAGAUCCACUACCAGGUCUUUCAACUAUGAGUCAACUAAAAGUGGAGAGAAAACGUCGAGUGAGACGUCCAGCACCACCACAUCGACACAAAACACUGGAUCAGAUAUAGCGCAAAGACCUGGAGAAGUCAGAACAUGGAUCGAUGACUUGAACUCUCCUUUGGUUCAAAAUGAUGGAGAUAACAAACAAUUAAAAUUGAGGUUUGAUGUUAGCCAAUAUGCACCAGAAGAAAUAGUAGUCAAAACUGUAGACAAUAAAUUGUUGGUCCAUGCCAAACAUGAAGAGAAAACAGAGUCAAAAUCUGUUUAUAGGGAGUAUAACAGAGAAUUCCUCCUUCCCAAAGGCACAAAUCCAGAACAAAUCAAGAGCUCUUUAAGUAAAGAUGGUGUUCUAACAGUGGAAGCCCCAUUACCUGCAAUUACAGCUGGAGAAACUUACAUCCCAAUUCAACACUAAUGAGAGAGUCAAAUGUCAGAUGUUUUAUAUUAAUUUUUGCACAAUAUUUAGUUAUCAGACUUACAUUGUUAGAUUUUCUGUUUUUUUAAUGUUAUGUGAUUUCAAAUAGAGUAUGCUUUACAAUUUUCAUAAACCGAAUGAGACAACACUAGCUUGUAGAGAGGAAAUCUUUCAUUGAAGUUCAAAUCGAAACUAACUGCAAUAUCACUGUUGAAUAUUUAUUAUUUAUUAGAAUUUAAAUUCCACUAACGAGAAUUUUAAUAGAGUCGUUGUAAGUGUUUCACUUCAAUGUGUAGAAAAAUCUAUUUUAAGUUGGAAAUAAAUUAAACAAUUUUUGUAAAUUAUUUAUAAGCAAUAAAUAUUAUUUUUCAGUUAA